AUGCAGCUUGAUACUGGGAAAACCUCAGCUGGUCUUGUAGGGACAUUCAGGAAUAUCAUCAGGGAAGAAGGUGCAGGUCGCCUUUACCGAGGACUCGUGCCUCCCUUGAUGUUGGAGGCACCCAAGCGUGCUGUGAAAUUCGCUGCCAAUGAUUUCUGGGGAAAGACCUUCCUGGGUCUGUCUGGCGAAUCUAAGAUGACCCAAAGCAUAUCUAUCCUGACUGGUUGCAGCGCGGGAGCUACUGAAAGUUUCGUCGUCGUACCUUUCGAACUCGUAAAAAUCAAACUUCAGGACAAGAAAAGCACCUACAAAGGACCUAUUGAUGUUGUGAAGCAAGUCGUCCAGAAGAACGGAUUACUUGGCCUAUAUGUUGGAAUGGAAUCAACUUUCUGGAGGCACGUCUACUGGAACGGAGGAUACUUCGGAUCUAUCUAUCAAAUCAAAUCACUCCUUCCUAAGCCUCAGACUCAAAAGGCUGAACUCCUCAACAACUUCAUCUCCGGUGCAAUUGGUGGCUUCGCCGGAACCGUGCUCAAUACCCCUUUCGAUGUCGUCAAAUCUCGCAUUCAAGGAACUGAAAAGAUACCCGGCGUUGUGCCAAAAUAUAACUGGACAUACCCUGCUUUAGCUACAAUCGCUCGCGAGGAAGGAUUGGGAGCUUUGUACAAAGGAUUUAUACCCAAAGUUCUUCGGCUCGCCCCAGGAGGCGGUGUUCUACUCCUUGUUGUAGAGUUUACGUUGGGUAUCUUUAGGACCGCACUUGGCCCUCCAUACAUUUAA